UAUAGCCGGAUAAAAACUGUGUUGCUGCCCUAAACGAUGAUUUGUAAGAUUCGGUCACUUCGGUUUGACGUUCUAAUUUUUUAAUAAUUUAAUGCGGUAAGUUAAAUUAUAGGAUCAUAAGUUGACUGAGAUCAUCGGGAUGGCAGAAAGCGGAGCAGUUGGAGCAGAGAAAGUUCGGGGCAGAAAAAGCAGCAUGGACGUUCCUCCAACAAUGUCUGACUUAAGGCUGGUGCUUGUUGGGAAGACUGGUGUAGGAAAGAGUUCCAGUGGAAACACCAUAUUAGGAAGAGAAGCUUUCAGAGCAGCGACCAAACACUCCUCAGAGACCGCUGAAUGCUCCAAACAACGAGAAGAAGUGUUCAACUGGAUGGUUUCUGUUGUCGACACUCCCGGCCUCUUUGACACGUUUCAUUCUGACGAAAAAGUGAAGAGAGAAAUCUCAAAAUGCAUCAACAUGUCGGCUCCUGGUCCCCAUGCCUUUCUGCUGGUGAUCAGAAUUGGACCAUUCUCUAAAGAGGAGAGAGAUGCUGUGAUGAAGGUGAAGGACAUUUUUGGAGAGGAAGCCUGGAAGUACUCCAUGAUCCUCUUCACACAUGGUGAUAAGGUGGAGAAGUCGGACUUUGACGAGAUGUUAAAGGAGGCUGGACCCGAAUUGAAGGAGCUCUUAGAGAAGGCUGGAAAUAGAUACCAUGUCUUCAAUAACCUCAGAGCUAACGAUCGUCGACAAGUUCUUGGUUUGCUAGAGAAGGUUGAGGACAUGGUGCAGAAGAAAGAAGGAAAGUUUUACUCUAGUGACACAUAUGAAAAGGCAGCAGAUAUGCUGGAUCAGAAAGAGCUUGAACUCAAACUGUUCUAUGAGAAAAAACCGGAGGAGGAAGUGGAAGCUGUGAGGGCAGAGUAUGAGCGGCUGCUAAAGGAAGCUAGAGAGGAUAAAGAGAAGCUAAAGAAAAGGAUGGAAGCUGAGCUGAAGGAGUUGAAGCGUUACUACUCUGCCUUGGAGAACGGAGUCCGUCACGUUGUAGAGCAGCUGGCCAAAGAUGAUGAUGACCAACUUCUGAAGAGGUUUCAUGAAGUCUUGAAACUGAACUGAAAAACAUAUGAAUGACUGGUUUGUUGGACACCUUUUAAUAGUGAAUUAUUGGUGAUCCAGCUUUGUAAAUCAGAGUAAUCUUUGCCUGUAGAUAUUGGUGUAAUGUGUAUUAUGUACAUGCAAAUGUCACAAAAUACUAUUUAGAUGUUAUAUAACUUGUUUAGACAGAAAGGAAAAAUGUCAUUCUCAUAAUUCAUGCUUUGAGUGUUAAUUUCUUCUGUAAUUAAAGUUCUUACUCAUUUUUUA